AUGACUUCCACCUCGACUACCCCGACAAACAAAAUCCAGGAAGAUGUGCAGGCCGCCGAAGCCAAGCCUGUCAACAAGACCAUUGCUCAGCUCCGGUCUUUUGCUGCCGGUGGUGCCGGUGGUGUCUGCGCGGUCGUUGUCGGUCACCCGUUCGACUUGGUGAAGGUGCGGUUGCAGACGGCACAGAGUGGUGUGUAUGCGAGCGCGAUGGAUGUUGUUAGGAAGACGGUUGCGAGAGAGGGUCUCGUUAGGGGAUUGUAUGCUGGUGUUUCGGCACCGCUUGUUGGUGUCACUCCUAUGUUCGCUGUUAGCUUUUGGGGUUACGACUUGGGUAAAACGAUCGUUAGCAGCCUUUCGGAGGUGCGCGUCGAAAACAGCACUCCCCAAUACACCAUCAGCCAGAUCUCCGCCGCCGGUUUCUUCUCCGCCAUCCCCAUGACCCUGAUCACCGCCCCCUUUGAGCGUGUCAAGGUUCUCCUCCAGAUCCAGGGCCAGAACCCUCCCCCGCCUGGCCAGAAGCCCAAAUACUCGGGCGGAUUGGACGUUGUCAAACAAUUGUACAAGGAGGGUGGUAUGCGCAGUGUCUUCCGUGGUAGCGCCAUGACCCUGGCGCGUGACGGUCCCGGAUCCGCCGCGUACUUUGCCGCUUACGAAUACAUCAAGCGCAGCUUGACCCCGAAGGAUGAGCGGGGUAAUGUCACAGGAGAACUGUCCAUGCCGGCUGUGUUGGCUGCCGGUGGUGCCGCCGGUAUCGCCAUGUGGAUUCCCGUGUUCCCUGUUGAUACUAUCAAGUCGCGGAUGCAGAGUGCUGAGGGCCGUCCGACCAUUGGAGGCAUCGUCCGCUCUGUGUACGGUAACGGUGGAUUGAAGGCUUUCUUCCCUGGCUUUGGACCUGCUUUGGCUAGAGCCGUGCCCGCCAACGCCGCAACUUUCGCCGGUGUCGAGCUUGCACACAAGUUUAUGAAGAAGAUGUUUGACGAGUAA